UGUUCGGGACACUGUACAGCAGCAGCAUUCCCAGUAACCAGGACAUUUCAGUGAAUAAUGAGACUUGGUGUCUUCCUCUUGUUCCUGGUCCCUGUCUGCUCAUGGGCCCUCAUCUGCAGACAAGUCAGGGGGCGGAUGAAACAAAUCGACGCGAGCAAUGGCCAGGUGUACGCGGUGGAUUUUACAGGGAAUGUCUUCACCAGAAGGAGCGAUUCCUGGGCCAGAGUUCCAGGGAAUCUGCGCCACGUCACUGUGGGUGCGACAGGGGUCUGGGGAGCAGGCAGGGACCAGGUACUUUAUCGUCAGGUUGAUGGCUCCUGGGCGAUCCUAGCAGGAGAGCUGACCCAGGUGGACGCUGGUGGGGACCAGAUUUUAGUUGGAGUGGACAGACGCAAUGAUGUCUUCUGCUCCAACAAGAUGGCCGCCGUCUCAGCGGCCAAUCACAACAGCCCGAGGUACAAAGUCAUCCGGGGGAAGAUGAAGUACUACUCGUGUGGUCCCCGAACCUGCUGGGGGGUCAAUCCGGCCGGUCAGGUCUUCUGCCGGUUAAACGUCCGUCCCAUGUCGUGCACCGGGACUCACUGGCGGAAGGUUGGCGGCCGUUUCCUGAUGGUGGAGGUCGGCACAGACGGCGCCGUCUACGGCAUAGACCGCCGAGGUCGGGUCUUUCGCAGGAUUGGCAUUUGUCAUUGCAAACCUGAAGGGAGGAGAUGGGUCAAAGUGCACUUCCUUCGGAGGAGCUUCCGGCAUGUGUCUGUCGACCUCGGGAUCAUGUGGCUGGUGGAGCGGAACGGCAAUAUUCUCCGAUGCCGCUGACGGAGUGUGCUGCUGACUCCGGUGCGGAGGGUCACCCGCGGCUGAAUUGUGGUGGAGAUUUUGAGAAGGAGACCCUCUGUGUGUCAGUUCCUGUGUCUACAGCCAUGCAAAUAAAAUGUGACCCUGA